CUUUUACCCAUUGGGAAAAAAGGGGCGAUUUUCUUUAGCAAUUAACAUAUUCGCUCUCUAAAGUGUGUUCGACUAAUCCCUUAUACUCUCACAGCAUAGAACCCUAAGCGACACAACACACUUUCUGCUUCAACAAGAAUGGCUAACGUAGUCCAAGAGCCUGGCAUUGUUUCAGAUCCUACUCAGAUCGAUGUCAAGCUUUUCAACCGCUGGAGCUUUGAUGACGUUCAGGAAAUCAAAGUUUUACGGAUUCGACAAGAAAGGGAACUGGUGGAAGGAGAGAACCGCAGGUACCGUCAAGUUCCCGAAGAACAAGGUUACUAGCAAGGUUUGGCUUCUCAUAUGAACAAAAUUCAUUUGUGCUUCUUUGUUUAUGUUGCUUAUUCUCUGAUUCUUCAGUUCGUAAGUAGUCAGCGAAGUUUAAAUUCAUUUCCGGAACUCUUGGCUUUCACUUCAUUGCCUUCACUCUCUUCAAUCCUCGCCCCCCUCUCUCUGUAGAAUCAGAGGGCUCAGCUUGCUCCGUAAUCAUGUUUGGCACGUGCAGAAGCUAAGGCCAGAGGUUCCUCCACUUCUUCCCAGCAGCAGUUCCAGGUUCUUAUGGAUACCCAUUUAUAGCAAAGUUUGUGAAUUUGUAUAUUCGAUAUUGAUUUGCAUAUUUUGAGUCAAGGGCACCUCAAAAACCAGGUUCUAAUUUCACCAAUGCAUAUAUCUUUCUUCAGAAUUCUCACUUAUUGUUCAUCCCCUCAUGUUAGAUUGAUGUUGCUUGUGGCAACCAUGGAGCUACAAAUGGAAUGGCUCUAGGAAAAGGCUAUGUGAAUGUUUCAACAGUUGAUGUUGAUACUUCAAAAUUGAUUAGUGAGCGCAUCAAAUCUACUGGAGCAUUAUUUUUGGAGGCUCCAGUUUCAGGUUCCAAAAAGCCAGCAGAAGAUGGUCAAUUGAUAUUUCUUACAGCAGGUGAAGGAAUUCAGGCUCCAUUUCAUGGCAGAGUUGGUAGCACUUUCAGAUAAAGAAACUGAAGCAAUUUAUUUGAUAUUGCUGGUGACAGAAAUCUUUAUGAAACGGUUGCUCCUCACUUGGACAUAAUGGGGAAAUCGAAAUUUUACCUCGGGGAUGUUGGAAAUGGAGCUGCAAUGAAACUCGUCAAUAUGAUUAUGGGCAGUAUGAUGGCGUCCUUUUCUGAAGGCUUACUUCUCAGCGAGAAAGUUGGGUUGGAUCCAAAAGUACUAGUCGAGGUAGUUUCACAGGGUGCAAUCAGUGCUCCAAUGUACUCAACCAAAGGCCCAUCUAUGAUACAAUCGCUUUACCCUACUGCAUUCCCUCUAAAGCAUCAGGAGAAGGAUUUGAGACUUGCACUGGGGUUAGCAGAGUCUGUAUCCCUCUACCCAAUUGCAGCAGCUGCUAAUGAGUUAUACAAGGUUGCAAAGUCCUAUGGCCUUAGUGAUGAGGAUUUCUCAGCUGUCAUUGAAGUAUUGAAAUCCAAAUUUCAGCAGUCAUAAAUAAAACCCCACCCACAAAAUUAAAUCAUAAAUAUUCCUUCAUUUUAUGAGAGCCAGGUUCUAUUUCAACAUAGUUAUGGACUAAAUUAUUAUCACAAUAAUUUUGAGGUUAUGGACUAAAUACUAAUUUUAAAUAUAUUGCCUUUUUCAUCGUGACUAAAACUUAAUGCUCUAGGAUCACUGACGGGAAUGCAACAUCAUUUUCAGCUAUCAAGAAGAGGAUGAAGAAGGAUAUUAAUGAAGUUGGAAAGAUUGCACAUGGUAUCAAAACAAAAAUAGAAGCUAUAAACAGAGAUGUAAUGAGACAAAGAUAAU